UUGUCUGCGGCUCUUCCUGCUACAGUUUGUAACUUCAGAUUAUUUCUGACAAGUUUUUUUUUUUUAAAUCCAGGGUUUUUUUUUAAAGAUUUGUCAAUUUCAAAAUAUUUGUUUGCUCCUGCUUCCUGUUCUCUUUUUUUUUUGAGACAAGGUCUCACUCUGUCACCCAGGCUGGAGUCUAGUGGUGGGGUCACUGAUCACUGCAGGAUCCAACUCCCAGACCGGACAGACCCUCCCCGCUCAGCCACCGACCCCAUAGCUGGGACUACAGGUGAACAUCAUCACACCCAGCUAAUUCUUAAAGUUUUUGUCGAGAUGGGUCUCACUGUAUUGCCCAGGCUGAGUUUUCUUCUUCUUUUUUUACAUUUUGUUUGCCUUGAAUUGUAUUUGAUUGUAAUCAAAUCACGUGUCACAUCUUUUUUUUCAAUUUGUGUGAUUUUGUGACCCAAUACAUGAUUUUUUCCGAAUAUUUCAUGGACUUAAAUAGAUAAGAAAUCCUCUCUCUACACAUAAUUAAAUGGAGUGUGUGCUUUGCAUUAUUCAAUUCCUUUAUUCCCAUCGUUGCUUUUGUCUGCAGAUUUGUCCUAUUCCAGAAUGGGUAUACUGCAACUUGGGUAAGGGUGAAGCCAGCGUUCUGGGUGGCCCAGCCUACUAUCCCACCCGUGCCACAGAAUCCACAGAGAGGCCCAGCGGCGGCACUGGGUGGUGGGGAGGGGGGCGGCGGAGCCAGGUUUGGGGGGGUAGGCAGUGAGUGCGGUUGGGGUCUGGGAGGUGGGCGGGGCGGAGCGGGGGUGUCCAGCCACGUCGCUUUGUUUUCCCACGCCAGGAGCUACCACAACAGGUCAGUGCACCCCGGGGCCUCCCCUCGGGGCACCGGGUCCCCCACGCAGGCCCUUCCCGGGGCACCCCUUCCCAACAGCACGAAAAUCUCCUGCCCCCACCCCACCCCCAGGUGAUUCCCUUCACCUAAGUCUGGGUCUAAACUUGGCCCCCGCGAGUUCACGUCCCUGUCUAACCCGCCUGGAGUCCGGCUGAUGGCCCUGGAUCCGCUCCCGGCCCCACGCUCCGCAGAGCCGGGAAGGAAGCUCGCGUUUGUUUUGCUGGCGCCGGGGAUACGGACCAGGCCCCGCCCCGCCCCGCGCUAAUCCCAGGGUAGUGGGAAAGUGCGCUCCCCAAGAAUUUGGGGUGCGGGGGCCGCGGCCACCGCCUUCUGUCCGCAGGUGCUGCGAGCCGUAAGCGCCCCCCACCCGCGCUAUGGGCUCGGACGCCUGGGUGGGCCUUUGGCGGCCACACCGGCCCCGCGGCCCCAUCGCGGCGCACUACGGAGGCCCCGGGCCCAAAUACAAGCUGCCGCCCAACACCGGCUACGUCCUGCAUGACCCGUCGCGGCCCCGCGCCCCCGCCUUCACCUUCGGCGCGCGCCUCCCCACGCAGCAGACGACGUGCGGCCCCGGGCCCGGCCACCUGGUGCCCGCCCGCAUGACCGUGCGCGGCCCCGACGGCGCCCCCGCCUACUCCAUCUACGGCCGCCCGCGCCGCUCUGCGCCCGUCCUCACUCCGGGACCUGGCACGUACUUCCCGGAGCGAGCGGGGAACGCGACGUACCCCAGUGCGCCUCGGCACACCAUUGCUUCCCGAAACUGGGGUGUCCAGGGGGAGCAACAGAGCCCAGGUCCCGCGGCCUAUACUGUGCCCUCGCUCUUGGGUCCGCGCGUCAUCGGCAAAGUCUCCGCCCCAACUUACUCCAUCUAUGGCCGCAGAGCGGCUGGCAGUUUCUUCGAGGACCUCAGCAAGGUGGGGGAGGGGCCGGGGCGGACGCAGGGGGUCCCUGGUCCGCGGCAGUGGAGGCGGCAGCCAGCACCCUCUGCCCUCCCGCAGACCCCGGGCCCCUGCGCCUACCACGUCGUGAGUCCAGGGGUCUACAAGUCCCGGGCCCCCCAGUUCACGAUGCUGGCGCGGACUCCGGUCCCCCAAGACAACACUCGGAAGCCAGGGCCCGCGGCCUACAACGUGGAUCAGCACCGGAAGCCCCGCGGCUGGAGUUUCGGGAUCCGGCACUCGGACUACCUGGCCCAGCUGGUGACCGACGCGGACAACUGACCCGCCAGGCGGGAGCGGCCCCACACUUGUUUGCUUAAAGUCUGCGAGUCCGCA